UUUGCGGCCGUUAGAUGUUUUGAGUUCGUCAACCGGAUUGUUCAAAGAAAAAAAGAAGUAAUUUGUCGAAACGUCUUUGCGAGAUUAAAAUGUUGACUUUGGUUUAGUAAAAUUGUAGCGGACUUCACUAAAUAUAUUACAGUACUAUAUUUACUAAAACAAUGGGUAUCAAUACCAGUAAACCCAGCAAUGAAGCACCAACUGUUGCUUCGGCAAAGAAGGAGUUGAAUACUGGUGAUAGUUCUGAUCCCCGAUCUCCGACACCAGAAAUCACACGAACUCCUCUCCACAACAAAACUACCGGUAAACAUAACAUUACUAAAAACGUUGAUCUGAGGAAGACUUUUGAGAAUGCUAAUGGCGAAGAAAAGUUGAUACACAAUAAUCCCAUUCUCUCAGCUGUAAUAAAGAAUCACCUGCAAUCCUAUGACCCGCGAUCACCAACCCAGGAUUUUGAACGCACGCCUAUCAUAAUUUCAAAGUCAGAUGAUGUUCCUGAUGACAAGAAAUUGCUAAGAUUGCAAAGUGAUAACUGUGCUAGUCCCGUACUACGGGCUGAAAAUGAUGACAGUUGCGACAGCUGUGCUGAAGCUAGUGAAAAGAGUCCAGAAUUAAUGGUCACUCGAAACUUAUGUGAUGGAUUUAAUAACUUUACAUUAGAUGACACUAUUAAAGAUGCCGAAGAACCUCUUUGCUCUUCCACAGCUUCCAAUGAAGCCAUAGAGAGCAAUAUAUCAAGUGAAAGUCAACAAAAACCAACAUUUUUGGAAACUAAUUUUGAUUAUGUAGAAAAUAACAAUAAAUUUGAAGAUAGUGAAGAAAAUAUAGAUAGCAACGAAGAAGAUGAGGCUGAUGUUCCAGUAUUCCAAAUCCUUGAUAAUGAUCCCAGGUCUCCAUCAAUAGGUAUUGAGAGGACUCCUAUAGUUGUUGCUAAAAUUGAAGAAGACUCAAAUGUUGAGACCAUGUCUGAUGAUACUUUGAUCAAAGUCUUGCAAAAUACAAAUACUGAACUGCGUCAAACAGGUAUCAAAUCUGACAAGAAUGAAGGGCUGCUUAUCUAUGAAGAUGAUGCACCUAAACUCAGUGAUACACCAAAGAAAUCCAAGUCGGCCAGUAAUAGUGGGUCCCGUACUCCACUGUCCUGCAUGAAGAACAAGGCUGAUGUUGGACACACUAGAUCUAAAUCAGCAAAUACUUUGUAUGAUCCCAAGAACCAGAAGAAUGUGUUGUCAAAAAUUCCUAAGAGAGUGUCUCAUAUUCCACGACUGAAGUGUUUGUCAAAGCAAUCCAACUUGGGACCUGCAGGAAGUAGUGUUUCUUUGAAAAAUAUAUCUAAGGCCACCGCAAUUGGUGGAGAUUGUGAGAACACCCCGCCUCAUUCUCACCGUGAUCGCUGGGACAAGGACAACAGCAUUGUUCUCUGAACUUGGUUUGUGGCAACAACAGCAAGUAUGCUGUAGAAUAUUCUUCAACAUUGAAACUGUUUUAUAUUUACUAUUGUUUAUUGUGACGUGACUUUUGAACUAUUACAUUGCUCUAAAUGAAUAAUUUUCUUGAUAUAACAUCAUGAUUGGCUAAUAUUGUUUGAAAAAUUUGACAUUAUUGUCUACAAUAAGUAAUAAACUCUUAUUGAUCUUCAAUAAAAGAAACAUAUCUUGUAAUGUUAUCUUUUCUUAGAUUUAAGUGUGAUGAUAAUAGAAUAUUGAGACUUGAAAUAAAUAUAUUUAGGCCAUUAAACAUA